AGGGGACUCUGCCUGGAUAUGAGGUACUGAGGUGAAAAAGAGCAUCACGCUUGGGUGCCCCCCUUGCCCAUUUGACUGUACAUAAUGGAGACCAAGGAGGAGAAGAAGGAACGAAGGCAAGGCUAUUUUGCUCGUUUGAAAAAGAAAAGGCAAGCCAAACAAAACACCGAGACUGUCCCUGCCAAUUCCCUCGGAUCUCCUGUUUCUAAAACAUCUUCGGAGAAAGAUGAUGAAAGUAAAGUUAUUUUGGAGCAAAUCAGUUCCUCUGAAGACAACUGUAAAUUUGCUGGGGAAAAGGAAACUGUUCCAGACAAAGAAAAGAAAAAGAAAAAAUACAAUCAACUGAAAGACAUCAGACGCACAGAACUUAAAAGAUACUAUAGUACUG